CUUGACACGGAAGCCUGAUCCGAAAGCUGGUUUUAAUCUCUGCAGCGCCUCAAUAUUUCCUUGUUUUGUUUUAUGAUAACAAGGUAAACUUGCCAACACUGUGAGGAACACUGCAGAGCAACGCCUGGCUUAAAGGGGGUUUAUGUUAUGUUCGCCUCAAAAAGCGGUGUUGGGGAUUCACUGAGAUGGACGACAUUCGAGCCUAACUGUGCAGGCUUGAAGGAAAAUAUUUCUGGUCAUUUGUAUCUCAAGGUAGAAACAAGCUCACGUAGUUGUUGAAUGCGAUUAAGUUCAUGCCUACAUUUUGUUUUAACUGCAGCUUGAUGUAAAUGCUUCAUCAGAGUCCAGUCACAGCUCCACGGGAAGCUGACAGUGGGUCAGGACUGAUUUGACGAAACUCCGAAUUUUAAUUAGAGCUGGUUUGUCAAUAACACCGACCGCCCCCCACCCCCGACCAACCCCACCCCGUUCCAGUUUGCAGCUCUGUGCUGAUGAGUCGGGAGUCCCUUUGAUAGGCGAGCUAACGUUGCCAUCUCUCCGUUUCUCAUUCCAUCCUGUGCGGGCGGUGCAGACAAUCUCGCCAGUGUGCCACAUUCCCCGCGCACUACUUUAAGGCAUGGAGUCGCCAGCCUCAGAUCUCUCCAUUGCUGCCACAGACCAGGCGGUUCCUGAAGCCAGGAACGGUCAGUGCGCCCCGGUAUCUGGUCAGUCGAAGGAAAGUUACAAGAUGGACAGAGACACCGAGAUGAGGAUCAGUGAGAGCGCACAGUUCGGCGAUACAGUGGAGAACAGAGGUUUACUGGAAAGCAGCCAAAAGCUGAAACCCCACGAAGCUCAGAGCUACCGCAAGAAGGCGUUGUGGGUGUCCUGGAUCUCAAUUCUUAUCACUCUGUCUCUGGCUGUGGUAGCCUUCACUGUUUCCGUCAUGCGACACAGUGCAUCAUCCUUUGGAUUUGCUUUUGAUGCUACGCUGGAUGUGUUGUCUUCUGCAAUAGUGCUGUGGCGUUACAGCAAUGCAGCUGCUGUGCACUCUGCCCAUCGGGAGAAUAUAGCUUGCGCCAUCUUGGGUGUUAUAUUUCUUGUUUCAACUCUCUGCAUUUACGGUAAAGCUAUUCAUGACCUUGCUACAAAGCUGCUUCCCGAAGUGGAUGAUUUUCUUUUUAGUGUUUCAAUCAUUAGUGGAGUACUCUGCAGCAUUCUGGCUGUGGUUAAGUUUAUGCUUGGUAGAGUCCUCACAAGCAAAGCCCUGAUAACUGAUGGUUUUAACUCUUUAGUUGGAGGCAUCAUGGCAUUUUCUAUACUGAUCAGUGCAGAAGUCUACAAUCAUAAUCCUGGUGUCUGGUAUUUGGAUGGCACUAUAGGGAUUCUCAUUGGAAUGAUCAUCCUUGCAUAUGGAAUAAAGCUUCUGAUUGACACAGUACCACGAAUAAAACAAACUCACAAUUAUGAAAGCUUUGAAUAAUAAACAUGAAGAAACUAUGUAGUGGUGGCUCAGUUCUACAGGAAUGAAGACUGCAAGACCUGGAAUUAAUCACCAAGACUAUGACAGUGACUGAAAAACAAAACAUGGCCAUUGCCUUAUAUCCCUAUUUAACACCAAACCUAGUGAACUAAAAUUAAGUGAUGCGAAACAUGGUGAACUGGAUAAUUUUAAGAUUGAAGAUGCAGCUCUUUGCUACUUUUUUUAAAAUCCCUCCAAGAGCAAAGGGUAGAUUUUAAGCUAGUGGGCGGCUUGUCAGAAAAGUAUGCCAACCAGCAGCCCAACCUGCCAGGGGCAGGCUGAGUCACUUCUGAGGACUGAAUGUCACUGUCAUGAUGAAAACAUGUGGCUUGCUGGCACUGGGUCAGCCCGACAGCUGGGCCCUGAACAAAAACAUUACUGUUCUUGUGGAAGCCUAACAUAGUACUCCUCUUUGUGACUAACUUAUCUUUGAGGUACACUUUCCAUUGCACCAUUCACUAAAACUGGCUGUUUAUGUAUUUUGUAUGUUCUACAAAGUUGUCAUUUACAAUCAAGGUCCCAUAUUCAUCAAUUUGUACAUUUAUAGAGCAACAUCUUGAAAUUACAAGUACUUCAAGUGCACAGAAGACUCCUUUAGACAGUGGUGGCAAGUGCUGGUGUAAAUGAGGUGGUAACAGGCUACUGCUUCAUUUAUGCUAAUUGAUCACAAUUAAAAUCUACCCUAGAACAUCCAAUGUACCUUCAGCAAAUCAGUUGAAAAAGUGGAACUAAUACUCAAAAUUGAGGAAUGGUUAAAAUUGUGUGUGAAAUAGGUGAUACGUUAUGAGCCAGAUCUUCUGGUAGCAGGAGUGAAGAUGCACGGUCAGGAUGCUGAGGGGAAGGCUGAGAUACGUGCAAAUGCUUGGAAAAUAUAAAAUUACAUUGCCUGAGACACUCCAUAUGUGCCACAGAUAUUUCUUGAUAGUGCUGUGCAUCAAACAAAACGGUAUUUGGACUCCUGUAUCAUCUUGUACUACAUUAUAUCCAGACUUCAUUGCAAAUACCACAAUGCUCAUUAAUAUAGGCUCCAGAUUAGUAAAUUCCCCACAUAUCCUUAUCCUACACAUACAAAGGUCAUCACCUGUAUAACUAGGUUUAAGAAUAGAAUUGUGUAUGACGAAUUAAUAGCAGUGCCAAAGUUAUUUCCAGUUUUUGCCUUUUCCUUAAUACUGAGCCAGCUAGCUGUGUUGUGAUGCUGUCUGGUUUGAAAUAAACUGGUCAAGGCCUUCAACUGGUAUCAGAACUGUAAGUUCAUGGUAAAUGUAAUCUUUAAUAUCCCACUGCCAUCCAAAAUUGAAUCUACAUGGAUAUUUAGAAAUUUCCAUUGUGAAGGCAGGCCACUAGAACAGUGUCUGUUAUAAUUCUUUGACACAGCAGCUGCCAAUUAAUCAGUGUCAUUUCACCCCAUUAUCUUGUACAUGUCUAUGCUUCAAAAACUUAUUAAAUGCUCCCUGGAAAAAAAGCCUUUGAUUCAUCCUUCUGCUUUGCAAAGCCUUCCAUAUCCUCAACCGUACUUCACGCUACAAUUUUCAGUUGAUAACCUCUUGUCAAUGCAUAUCAGAGAAAAUAAUCUGAAUCCAAAUAGGCUGAUCAUUUGGUCAAACACUGAUACUCAAGUGCUUCUAUGAGGUCUUGAGUAGAAUUUACACAAUACAUGCAGUGAAAUGGGCAAGUAUGCAAGAAUAUCCUGUUCACCCUGUUCAAUGAAUGAAUAUCAUGUGCAGGUCCAAGGUAUAUAGUAGAAAAGUACAGAUUUUGAUCAAUCUUCCCAACAAAUCGAUUCAUGUCUAUCUUGUAGUUAAUACAUCAGCCUUGAAAACAAUACAAGUACAAUAGUGGGCUGCCAAAUUUCAAACAUAAUUUUUUUUCCGGUGGAGUACUACUUUGCUACAGAUAACAGCUAACAUUUGAACAUUUAUAAGUUAUUAAAGUAUAUCAGAUUAGCCAAAAGAUUGGAGCUGAUACUAGAUUGAAAAAUUUCUUAAUGAUGAUUGAACAGUGCUGGGAUUUGUUAAACACACGAAAAUAAAUCAUUUUGUGCAAAAUUGGACAGGAUUUAAGAGCACCUUUAGAAGUGGAGCAGUUCUUCACACUGAUACUCAAGAUGUUAUGUUGCAACCAAGUUUAAAGAUAUUUUUAUUUGAGCUACAUUGAGUAAAUAUUUUAUUGAAUAUUUAGAAACACUGAAAUUAACAAUUAAAAUAUCAGAAAUUAAUACCUUUUCUAAGUAAGGCUCAAGAUUGUUUAUAAAAAAUAAAAGUCAUUUAAUUAUCUCCUUAAAUCCCACUUAUGAAAAAGAUAAAACUCCUGUAAACUACAACAUAAACCUGCAUUUACAAAAGCACCUCUAUUGAGCUCUGGGCUAGACUGGGACCUUAUGAGAUGAUAAUGCUACAACUGCGUCAUAGCCAAAACAUAUCAUACACUGUUGAUGUCAAAUUGACCGUAGACUAUAGUGAAGUGAUACAAUAUUCAGUGGGAGAGAAACAUUGCAUCAAAACCUUAAGCCAAGUAGCUUCUGACAUUUUUACAAGGCUGUAAAUCAAAGCAGAAUCAAAAAUACAAGAAAUGAAAGAAAGUUACUUACUGGUUCUUUCCAUCUUUAGUUAAAAUAAAUAAUACAACCAAAAUCUUUAUCAAAGUUUAGGAGAUAUUUGAGAACGUUCAUGGCUUGUCAUGCUCUUUCCAGCAGCUCCAGCAUUUAGACUGGAGUUAAUGGAAUUGCAAGGCAAUAGCAUUGAGAUCCCCAUUAUUUAUAUAGUCGUGUUAACAGAAUCUUUAUGAGCUUUAAUCAUCAAUGGUUAAGCUCCAGAGGUUAAAUUAUAGAAAUGUCACCAAACUCCGGGAAGGCCAAUUUUUAAACAUCAAGUUAGAACUAUCAUAUAUGUUAAGUACGAACAGAGAGAUUAGAAUUUAAGCAUUUUUGUCUACACUUGAAUGGAAUCUUCGGCGCAUUAGUUUGAUUUGUAAUAUGCUGCAAUUAAAAAUAUAUGCAGCACAAACUGUGCAUGAAGCGUGCUUCAAAUUCUACAAUUAAAAGAUACAACAUUUAAUAUUGAUGUUAAUUAUAACUUCUGCUCCAAUAACUGUUUCUACACUGUAUAUUUAUACAAGAAUGUACAAACCAAUGGAAGAAAUUCUCUUCACUUAAGAUUUAUUAAAAAUAAAGAUUUUUCCUGCUCGUCAAA